AUACUUGUUUUGAAGUCUUUUUGCCUAGAAGCUACAAAAGCAAAAAAGCAAAACAUCGAAACACCUAACAUUUCGAAAUGGCGCAAAAUGGCACUUGGUCAAGCAGUAGUGGAGCAAGUUCAAAUUCAUCAACAGCACCACCUAGCGGAAGAGGAACAACUGGUUUUGGAACUGCACCUCCACAGGAAGAGCGAUUAGUGGUUGUAGUGCGCGUGAGGCCAUGUUUUGAGCAAACUGAUAGAUGUAUUGAAGUCAUAUCAAAUAAAUCUUUAUUUUUUGAUGAUGGUGGCAAGAGUCGACCGCGCAAAUAUUCCUAUGAUCAUGUCUUUAAGGAAGGGGACUCACAGGAAAUGGUGUAUAAAACGACAACAGCUCCUUUGGUAAGAGAUGUUCUAAAUGGUUACAACGCCGCUGUUUUUGCGUACGGUGCUACGGGAUCUGGAAAAACACACACAAUGCUCGGACCUUGUAGAAAAAAAACUAUUUCAUCUAGCACAACAGCUGAGCGAGGAGUUUCUACAGCGGUAGCUUACGAUUCUGAUCCCAAUAACAAUGACAGCGGACUUAUGGUGCGCGCUAUAGAGGAGAUAUUUAAAUAUGUAGAAAUAGCGAAGGAAACAAAUAUAUGUCAAGUUUCUAUUUCAUACUUGGAAAUUUAUAAUGAACUUAUACGCGAUCUGCUUAAUCCAGGUGGUCCUUUGGAAUUACGUGAAGACAAUCGUGGUCAACGCAUCACUGUUGCAGGACUUUCCGAGAUAACUACCACAAGUCAUCAGCAUGUCAUAUCUUUGCUUAUGAAAGGUAAUAAAGCCCGUACGAUGGAACCAACUGCUGCAAAUCAGACAUCAUCACGUAGUCAUGCAUUGCUUAGCAUUACUGUGCAAACAAAGACUCCACUUGGCACAAAGCAAGGCCGUCUGUUUCUCACAGACUUAGCUGGUUCGGAACGUGCGAAAAAAACGAAAAAUCGUGGUAAACGCUUACAGGAAGGCGCACAUAUUAACCGGAGCCUUCUGGCAUUAGGUAAUUGCAUUAACGCUUUGUCUGGUGGUGCACGUUAUGUUAAUUACCGAGACUCAAAGCUCACUCGUCUAUUGAAGGAAGCGCUUAGUGGGAAAUGCAAAACAGUAAUGAUAGCACAUGUUGCACCUGAAGGAAAACAUCGCGAUGAAACGAAAAACACUUUAGUUUAUGCAGAUCGAGCGAAUAGUAUCUCUACUCGUUUACAAAAUUCUGUUUAUAUUGAUGAAGUGAAGGAUUUUCCCACAAAACAUUAUCAAAAUCUUGUUUCGGAAUUACGCGAAGAAGUUACGCGAUUGCGCUCCAAAAUGCUCACCGACAGACCUCGUAGUGGUGCCGCCGCCUCAAUAUCGACACAACCUCUUAAUGAUGAAGAUGAUGAAAAACGUAAAGCUGAAUUAAGAUACUUAAGAGAACAAAUAGUCUUAACUUUUAAACAACAAAUGAAACUGAGGCGUAAAUUACUGGAAGCUGAGAGUCAUUUAUUGGGUUUGGAACUAGAUGCUGAACGUCAACAUAUGAUUAUAUCACAUUGGCAAGGGCGUUUAGGAAAGCUUUACGAUCUGCCUGGAGAUGAAGAUAUAGAAUCUGAAGGGUCUGUUGCUUUAAAAAAUGCUUGGGGAGAAUUAGCUGCUAUUGAGAAAGAAACAAGGCGAUAUAAAGAAAUACGUGAACGAACUGAACAAGAGCUUGAAAUGUGUAGGCAAAAAGGUGUCCAACUAGAAGACGAACUUCCUGAACGUAUAAGUAGUGAUGAAGAACGGGAGCUGUUAGCUUUACUUUGUAGAGUACAUGAAUUAGAAGCCGACAAAGUAUCUUUACAGGCGGAACGCUUGGCGAGACAGGCUGAACUGCGAAGACGUGACCUACAGUUAUUGCGAGCAGAACGUCAACGCAGAUUAUGUGAAGAUAUCAUAAGUUCACAACGUAGACUCAUUGAGGAAGGGAAUGUUGAACUGCCUGAUGAGCUUAGAGAAUUAUAUGGCCUAUACCAGCAAGAAAUACAUGCGGGUUCUGUUACGCCGGGCACAUCAUAUGAAAGGAAAUUACCUCCAAUUUACACAGCUGGUUCUGAAUCACCGGAAUCGAGUUCAGGUUCCGAAUGGUCGCCGUCUUCACCACUGCCACCCAUAGAAGGACAUAUGGCUACUAUUUCUUCUGCAGAGUACAUAUCAGCUCAUGAAGGUCCUGACCGCCAUAUGGGACCAGUAGUGAACCCACGUUUGCCUAAGUUACCAGCAACAAGUACUUCUACAAUGCGUCGUGCAUAUAGAGUCUCUAAGCAGUCUUCUACUUAAAUUGUAUAUUUAUUUUUAUUGAAAAAUGAUAAGUAGUUGUAAUUGCUCAGGGAAAAGUUAAGUUG